AUGCUGCAUAAAAAUUCAGUAUUCCCCAACAUGAAAACAUCAGCAUCCUUUACAGCAUCCCCAUUAGAGGGGUCUGCAGUGAGCGUCCAGAGAUGCAGAGCCCCAGGCCCAUCAGGACACUCCUGGGUUUCGACCACCCUCCCCCACCCUCCUCCCAGGCUCAGCUCAUCCCACGAGGGCCUCCAAGCAAGUCUGUUUACAGCCGACGUUGAGAGCCCCGUGGCCAUUCACCAGCCAAAGUUGCCUAAGCAGGCCAGGGACGACCUGCCGAGACACGUCAGCCGGGACCGGACCAAACGGAAAAUCCAGAGGUACGUGCGGAAAGAUGGGAAGUGCAACGUGCACCAUGGCAACGUGAGGGAGACCUACCGCUACCUGACCGACAUCUUCACCACCUUAGUGGACCUCAAGUGGAGAUUCAACCUGCUGAUCUUCGUCAUGGUUUACACCGUGACGUGGCUCUUUUUCGGGAUGAUCUGGUGGCUAAUUGCAUACAUCCGAGGAGACAUGGAUCACAUAGAGGACCCAUCGUGGACUCCAUGCGUCACCAACCUCAACGGGUUCGUCUCUGCUUUUUUAUUCUCCAUAGAGACAGAAACCACCAUCGGUUAUGGCUACCGGGUCAUCACGGACAAGUGCCCAGAGGGCAUCAUCCUCCUCCUCAUCCAGUCGGUGUUGGGGUCCAUUGUCAACGCUUUCAUGGUGGGGUGCAUGUUCGUUAAAAUAUCACAGCCCAAGAAGAGGGCGGAGACCCUGGUUUUUUCCACGCACGCAGUGAUCUCCAUGCGGGACGGGAAACUGUGCCUGAUGUUUCGGGUGGGGGAUCUGAGGAAUUCCCACAUCGUGGAGGCUUCCAUCAGAGCCAAGCUGAUUAAAUCCAAACAGACCUCGGAAGGGGAGUUCAUCCCUCUGAACCAGACGGACAUCAACGUUGGGUAUUACACGGGGGAUGACCGUCUGUUUCUGGUGUCUCCGCUCAUCAUCAGUCACGAAAUUAACCAGCAGAGUCCUUUCUGGGAGAUCUCCAAAGCCCAGCUGCCCAAAGAGGAACUGGAAAUUGUGGUCAUCCUGGAAGGAAUGGUGGAAGCUACAGGGAUGACGUGCCAAGCUCGAAGCUCCUACAUCACCAGUGAGAUCCUCUGGGGGUACCGAUUCACACCCGUCCUGACGCUGGAGGACGGGUUCUAUGAAGUCGACUACAACAGCUUCCAUGAGACCUAUGAGACCAGCACCCCAUCUCUCAGUGCCAAAGAGCUGGCCGAGCUGGCCAGCAGGGCCGAGCUGCCCCUGAGCUGGUCUGUCUCCAGCAAACUCAACCAACACGCGGAACUGGAGACUGAGGAGGAGGACAAGAGCCCUGAGGAGCAGACAGAGAGGAAUGGUGACGUGGCAAACCUAGAGAAUGAAUCCAAAGUUUAG